CCAGAACGAACAACCAGAAACCAGUCUACAGUCUAGUCAUACUUUUAUAACGUCCGUGAACGCGUUAAAAUACUAAACAGAAAACGUAAAAUCAACAAACUUUUGUUCGUCGUAGUGAUUCUUCGUAAACAAAUCAAUAUGAACGCAUUUUACUUCUUAUUCGCUUGUCUAACAGUUUAUUCCGUUUCUGGACAAGAUUUACCAACGAGUUUAAACGAUCCAAAUUUAAAUGUUGAUGAAGAUCAAUUUAAGAAACUCGCUGAAGAAGGAGCAAAAGGGCUUAAAGAAAAAUGUUUAAAAGUUAGUGGAACCGAAUCAACUUUUGAAGAAGUCCAGGAAGCAAAAGAUACCUUAAUAUCAUGUUUCCAAGGGAUUGUAAACGUAACAGCUUUCAAAACGGAAUUGGAUGAAGCAAAACAACGCGGCGCUAUGGAAGAAGUUUUUGGGAAAUAUUGCAAAAAGAAGCCCGAAUUGUUAGGUUGCGUAAAUGGAUUCCAAACAACUUUGGAGAAGUGUAUGGAAGAAAGUGAAAAGGAAACCGCGAAAACCAUUCAGAAUUUAACGGAGAAUUUAUUGGAUUUUAUGUGUUAUAAAGACGGAGAUCGAGUUGCUAUGUUUAUUGCUGAAGGUGGUUUUGAAUGUAUUGAAUCAAAGAAGAACGAAAUUCAAAAUUGCGUAAACGAAACAUUUUCCGAUAUGAUUCCUAAAGAUAUGGGUAUUGAAAACCUUGGUAGCCUUAUAUUGAUUGACGACGGUAAAUGCGAUGAUUUCACAAAGUUACAAAAUUGUGUAACUAAAAAACUGGAAGGUUGCGAAAACCAAACACCUGCUAACGUUGUGGAUUCGCUCUUUAAAUACAUAAAGAAGAGUUUACCCUGUUCGACAACAACCCCGCCACAAAGCCAUUCGGAGACUCGUAAGUUCAAUCCGAACAGCGGAAAUUCAUUCUCCUCAAUGGGAAUGUUUGUUGUUUCGUUAGUGUCACUAAUAGCUCUAUCCCAAAGUUUCUAAGUUAUUUUUAAUGAAUAAUACCGACAAAAAAAAAGUAUAUUACAUUUACUAUUACAUAAACUUUAAGCACUUUUUUUAUCAAUAGUAAUCAUAAGUCUUUAUAUUUAUAAAUAUCUAUUUUAAUAUAAUGGUACGCUUUAUAAAAAAUAUAAUAAAAGUAUAAGAUUGAUAUAUUCUGGUGGUUUUUCAAAAUAUUAAUAAAUAAAAACAUAAAAAUCUAUUUGGUACGGUAAAUGUGAUAUUAAUUUAGGAUUUUUUAUUGUUAAAGUAACUUUUAUUUCCUUUACUUUUCUUUGGAAAAAUGAAAACUGGUUAUUACAGAUUUUGGUACUACUUUA